GUAGCCUGCUUAAAUUCAGACCUUUCUUAUCUGUUUAGCAUUCAUGCGUUGCAGUGUUUCACGUCAUUCAGUCACCUAACUAGAUUGUUCCAUCAGACGGAAUUACCCGCAUCACUCAAUGAAGUACAAUUAUUGAUUACACUGCCCCCCUCUCCCUCUCUCCACCCCUCCCUCUCUUCUACCACCAUCGCUUUCUUUCGCUCUCUCCUUUCCUGAAGUACUGCAGCGAGGGAGGACUGCAUCGAAAAAAAACCCACUGUCGUGCGCUGGCAAUUACCUCUGAUUCUAUUCUACAGUAAAGAAUUGUUUUUCUUCCAUAAAGCGAAUGGAUGCAAUGGUGCAACUACCAGCUCAGUCCACUCUUCUCGUCAUAAAUAACGCCUGGCCGAUGAUUGCCACAGCCAUUGUGGGUUAUCUCCUCUGGUGACUGCGGACUCAAGAGUUUCUUCCCUGCCGCAUCUCGAGACCCACUGAUCUCACCAUUCCUGUAAUUCCCCCACCAGCGUACACUCACCCCUGUUGCCCCUCUUCCCUCUUUCUUCUACUUCUAAGUAUCCUCUGAACCCCCGUGAAGACCUACCGGUGGAGCCAGAAUGGAGGACACUUACAAUAACAGGACUUCCCUGGCUAAGGGGGCCAAGGACAUGGCCAAGGAGGCCAAGCGGCAUGCAGCAAAGAAAGUCAACAAGGUGGUGGACCGUGCCACAGACGAGUACUCAUCCCACCGCAACUACAGCCGAUUCCAGGAUGAGGAAGACGAAGAUGAGGAUUUCUACCGGAACCCCCCGAGACAGGAUGGAGAGGGCUACCAUGACAACGAGGAGGGCUCUAGCGAUGCUACAGAGGGCCACGACGAUGAGGAUGAGAUCUACGAGGGCGAGUACCAGGGGAUCCCCUCAGCAGGAGAUAGGAAGCAUAAGGAGGGUCAGGUGGCACUGGGACAACCGAUGUCAGAUGCCAGAAGGGACCGUAAGGGGCUGGAGGACGAGAGACAGGCUGAUGAGGAGGAGCUGGCCCAACAAUACGAGCUGAUCAUCCAGGAGUGUGGUCACGGGAGGUUCCAGUGGCAGCUCUUCCUGGUGCUCGGGCUGGCACUCAUGUCAGAUGGGGUGGAGGUGUUCGUGGUGGGCUUUGUGCUACCCAGCGCAGAGACAGACAUGUGUGUGCCCAACUCCAGCUCAGGAUGGCUAGGAAGUGUUGUUUACUUGGGGAUGAUGGUUGGAGCGUUCUUCUGGGGAGGGAUGUCUGACAAAGUGGGCCGCAGACAGUGCCUCCUCAUUUGCAUGUCCACGAACGGCUUCUUUGCCUUCCUGUCAUCUUUUGUCCAGGGAUACGGCUUAUUCCUCCUUUGUCGUCUCGUUGCAGGCUUUGGGAUAGGAGGUGCUGUGCCCAUCGUUUUCUCCUUCUUUGCAGAGGUGUUGUCCAGGGAGAAAAGAGGAGAACACCUCAGCUGGUUGUGUAUGUUCUGGAUGAUUGGAGAGAUAUAUGCAUCUGCUAUGGCCUGGGCCAUCAUACCACACUAUGGUUGGAGUUUCAGUAUGGGUUCAGCAUACCAGUUUCACAGCUGGAGGGUGUUUGUGGUUGUCUGUGCCCUGCCCUGUGUGUGUGCUGUGGUGGCACUUACGUUCAUGCCCGAAAGUCCCAGGUUCUACCUUGAGGUGGGGAAGCAUGAUGAAGCCUGGAUGAUCCUCAAACAGAUCCACGACACCAACAUGAGAGCACGUGGGCAACCGGAGAAAGUCUUCACCGUAAACAGGAUCAAGAUCCCCAAACAGCUGGAUGAACUGGUAGAAAUGGAGUCAGAAUCUGGUAACCAAGUUUCCAAGGCUUUCUUUAGGAUAAAGGCUGAAAUACAUGGGAUCUAUCUGAAUCUCAUGAAGUGCUUCAACUACCCUAUGCGAGAAAACAUGAUGCGACUAUCCAUAGUGUGGCUCACGCUGUCAUUCGGGUAUUAUGGCCUGUCAGUCUGGUUCCCUGAUGUCAUCAAACACCUUCAGGCGGAUGACUAUGCCUCCAAAGUGAAGAUCCACAACAAUGAACGCAUUGAAGACUUCACUUUUAACUUCACCCUGGAGAACCAGAUACACAAAAAUGGCCUCUUCAUCAACGACCGAUUCAUCAAUAUGAAGCUGAAAUCUGUCACCUUCAUUGACUCUACCUUUCGCAACUGCUACUUUGAUGAUGUGACAUCGGUGGGCUCCUUCUUCCGUAACUGUACUUUAAUUUAUGCUUUUUUCUUCAACACAGACAUUGACGAAUCCAAGUUGAUAGAUGGCACAGAGGUGGUGAACAGCACAUUCACCGACAACAAGAUGGGAUGCCAGAUGACGUUUGAUGAUGACUACAGUGCCUACUGGGUUUACUUCAUCAACUUCCUGGGGACUCUGGCUGUUCUGCCUGGCAACAUUGUGUCUGCUCUUCUCAUGGACAAAAUUGGACGUCUGUCCAUGUUAGGUGGCUCUAUGGUCCUUUCAGGCAUCAGCUGUUUCUUCUUGUGGUUUGGUACCAGUGAGUCCAUGAUGAUUUUCAUGUUGUGCCUUUACAAUGGCCUGAGCAUCUCUGCCUGGAACUCCCUGGAUGUGGUCACGACUGAGUCAUUCCCCACUGUCAGGAGAGGAACAGGCUUUGGGUUCUGUAAUGCUCUAUGUAAGCUGGCAGCAGUCUUAGGGAACCUGAUUUUUGGUUCUCUCGUUGGCAUCACAAAGGCCAUCCCCAUCCUCAUGGCCUCUUCUGUGCUCGUCGGGGGAGGCCUGGUUGCACUCCGGUUGCCUGACACGAGGGCGAAUGUCCUCAUGUAACACCAGCUUGGCGUUCAUCAGCUGAAGUAAAACCUGGAUAAAACCUGGGUGGAUCUGAGAGGAAGCCCAGGGAGUGUUGAGCAAGGAGUGCAAAUGGCUUGGUUCAUACACACAUCUUAACACUAUAAAUCACAUUUCGCAAACGUAUCUUAGGUAGCUUGAAAGCAACCCACUUUGUUUUACUUUUAUCAUACAAAGAUUCCUUGUUAGUCAAUAUUAAGCUCAGCCAGUUUGUGAAUGUAUUGUCUGGAGAUUUCACAGACAGAGCUGAGAGUUUGCAUAGGUUUUGGUACUGAGUCUUUUGGUGGUUUUGUUCAGUGACUGGUUGCACCUUCCAGCUGCAGCCUUGUGUGGAGUCACUGCAUGGUUAAAGCUCAAGGCUUUUAAUAUUGAUAUGGUCUUAUUAAAACAAGCCAGAUGGGGAGAAAAGUGAAAAACAAGCUGUAAUGAGCAUAGCCAACCUGCUGUGUGACAACGUAGGGAAUAGAUGAUCAGACAGAGUGGUCACGCGACACAGCUGUAUGACAGUUGGCUUGCCCACAUACACAGGACAUGCUGUAGACAGUGUGCACAAAGUCAACAUACACAAAUAUAUAAAAAAACACACAUAGAUAUAUAUACAUAUAUGUGCAAAUACAUGUCUUAAAAUAGACACUCACAUAUACCCUGCACUUUUCCCCCCACUCUACACUUGCACCCUCCUGUAGACACAAUACUGCAUUUUGCUCAACAUGACAUUUGCUCAGACAUCUGCAACCUUUUCAAAGUAGAUAAUUCACGUAGGACACCAAGCCCUUUGCAUUACCUAUCCAACCAAGAAUCAAAAAGGGCAUAUUGAAAAACUGUAUUUUCUUUUACCAGUAAUUGUAUGGUAUGUUGAAUCUGAGGCUACAAAUUUUAUUUUCUGCUGCGUUAUGACUUUGAUGACUUAUUCAUUUUAUCCAAAUGUUGUUACUCCAGGUCCCCUUCCAUGUGUUAUUGUUCAAAACCUCUCUCAUGAGCUCUCCUUCUGAUUUAGCUUUGUGUUGGAUCUCGCUUGUGGCAGUGAUGUUGAUAAUGACAUGUCAUGCUGCUUCCUUUUAAAAAUACUGAAUAGCCUUUUUUAAAAUGUGCCUCUCCUUAACUGGAGCAGUCUGCCCAUAGUCAUGUGGUGUCCAAAGGUUAUAAGGAACAGACAGAAACUGAACAGGAAGUAAAUAGAUAAAAUAAUCAUGGUGUUUUUGUGUAUAUAUGUGAAAUAUGUGGCCAAUACAGUAUUUUAUUAGGGUCUUAACCGCAUCUCUUUGGAAAAAAAAAUCCUGUUGUUACUAUAGAUAACAAUGAACUAUAAUAUGAUCAAAUGGUGUAAGUUACCAUGCAUGACUACAAAGUAAUAAUGUAAAUAACAACCACCUCUUUAUGAAGGCUAAUUGGUGCCACCCAUGAUGAAAAUGUCUCCUAAGGAAACUUUUUGGCUUUUUUGACUUUGUAUCUUAAAUCAUCUGGGAAAAAUUCAACUCAAAUUAUGUUUGCUUUUUUUACAUUUGAAGUUGUGAAACAAAUACAAAACUGGAUGAUACAAUUGAGAUUUGUCAUUUCUUGUGACUUUUCAUCUAAGAUCUUAUUCACCAUGAUCUCACACUUGAAAACAUGACCUACCUUGUAAUAGUUAUGUAUCUUGUCUUUCAACAUUGGAAUCUCAAUGCAUACUGCUAAAGAUAAUGAUAAUAAGAUCAUGUUGCUAUUUUCAAAGUAUUAAAAUACUAAAUUUUGCCUUUCUUUUAGAUAUAUCUAACAUAACAAUUCAGUUGCUCUCAGUCUUGUUUAAUUUGUGUCUGUGGAUUGUAUUUUCUGUGGCUAACAGCCUGUGUCCUCCUGCUUUUCUCUGUAUUGUGGUAUCUGUGAUUGCAGCGUAGAGGUAGUUUGCCCUUGCACUACAGUUGGCUCUGUCAAGGCUACUCAACAAAAAAAACCCAUAAGCUUCCAAAGUGGUACUGUACAUGAGCACCCAUUUCCAUGGACCCAACCUUUUCUCAGAUUUUGUCAAUUCAGUUGGACAUACGUAAUGAAAUGUGCUGCUAUUGUGCAACAGAUAUUUUUUGAUCAUAUAACUUCAAUAUUUUUGAAAGAAAAGUAUGGCAUACAGAUUCUGAAUAAAUGCACUGAUAUAAAAAGUGAUGACUUUUUCCCAGUCUCAGUCCAACGCUGCUGACUGUUGUCAGUGGCAAUAGAAGGAUUGAAGUGUAUGGUUCUGGAUGUGUUAAAACCUUAAUUAGUGGCAGAUCUUACCUGUUGUGUCAUAUUGGGGAGAAAUUAUAUUACCUGUUAUGUUUGAGAUAUUUGGGGUAUUAUUAUAUGUACUGUAUUUAUGCUUGUGUGCGUGUGUGUAUAAGAGAGAGUACUGUAUGUGUGUGUGGGUCUGCGUAUGGAUGCAUGAGUGUAAAUAAUGUACAUAUCAAAGCUGAUAUUGAUGGACUUCUGAGUUAUAUGUGUAUAAGGUCCUGGAUCAACUCAUGUGUCUCCUGCUUUGUCCAAGCGAUAAGUCCAUCUACUGUAUCUCUGUUGUACAUCUCUGUGUUUCCUUGGCUUUAAGCCCCUAUUCACCUGCUACUCUGUGUGUGCGUAUGUGUGUGUAUGCACAAACUUGCAUGUAUGUAAGAAAACUUCUGUUCUUUUGUGCUCAACUUUGUGUUCUGACUGUUCAUUCUUCUGGCAGAAAAUGAUGGCAAUAUUCUGAUUUUGGUUGAGGAAAAAUGUGAAUGUAUCACUCUUGUAAGUUCUGUUCAUCCAUUUUAUGGAGGUAAUCAAAUGUAUGUGGAGAAUUAAGUUGUGUAUAUUAUUGUGAAGGGCCUGCCAGUCAUAGGAUGACUGAGCUGUAUGUUCAAAGGUGUGAAAAUAUAUGAAGAAAUAUUUGCCAAAUGAAGCCCUGUGAAUAAUGUUAGAAACUGGAAAGGCAGGGAUUGCAGACCAUGCGGCUUUUGAACAUAUAUACAAUAAAAGUUAUGUUCUCUA